AUGAUUGAAGGAGACUGCCCGAUAGCUCUAAAAGGAUAUUCUCAUGAUGAUGUUGUUUUGGGUGCAUGGAUUGACAUGGCUAGGGUGUCCAAGGAAGGAGUGAAGUUGUUGAUGGAGAGGGAGUGUGGGACAGUAGCUUUCUGCAUGCUGAAGGAAAUGAGUCUUGGCCAGAUUAAGGCUUCCAUGAACAAUGGUGUACUAGAGAUUGUACGUUGGCGUAGGCUCAAAGCUCGAAGAGCAGGAGGGUAUUGUUAUAGUGCAGGUGAUCGAUAA